AUGUCAGUUGGAAAUUCUGUUGUCCCCGAUGAUGUUCUGCAACUAGAAAAUAACAACUUCUUUGAAUUUGUGAAAUUAUUUGCCGGUGAAAAAUUAUCAAACGUUAUUAAAUUUCAAGAUAUUAGCAAUGCGCAAUGUCUUCUUGCUUGCGAAGAUCCAUUCGAGAUUCUUUUACUGGAUUCCGAUGAUUUAGUUGACUUACAAAAGCAAGCAUGUGUAAAGUUAAAAAGUAGUGGUUUUGUUGUCUUACCUGGUUUAAUAUGUAAAAUGAAGAUCUUGAAAGGUGCAUUAAUAAACAAGCGUACUGAAUUGAAGAGAAGGCGAAUCAUCUCUGAUAAUGUCAAUCGCACAUCUGGCACAUUAUCGAAUAGUUCAGUUAUCAACAAUGGUAAUAACUUAACACAAUUAUCUGUUCAAGAGUCGAAUAUUUAUUCGUCGUCAACUGCUACGAGUUAUGCAACUGAAGAUAAACUUAAACAGCAUUUGGUUAAUUUAGUUGAUGAUUGGUGUGAGAAAUUCUCGCAAAAUAAAAAUCAACUUGCUUUUCGUCUACAACACGAUCUGGAUUAUCUAAUUAUUGUCGAUCUUGUAUCAAACAAAGCAUUAGUCAAAUGUCGGUGCGGUGUGAAAUCGAUGCUCGGCCAGAAGGACAGCCGUUAUAUUUUAUCGAACUUUAUUCGUCAUUUAACACAUAAAAAUCCAUGCGUUAUGGUCAAAGAAAAAUUGGCUAGCAUUAAUGCGAAUGUUAAUAUCAAUAAUGUUUCGGACGGGAAUGAUACUAAUGAGUCUGUCGAUGUCGAAUCAAAUAGCAUGUCGGACUUAGUGUCACGCGCUCCUUCAUCAUUAGGGAAAAGGCGAAAAGAUCAAACAGUGAAUUCAUCAUCAUCAAAGAAGAAAAGAAGUAUUUGA